CUCUGCGGCCGCCUGCCAACGUCACGUCCCGCAGCGUCACCUCCUGCAGCCCCAGCCCCUCCCGGCUAGAGGCGGAAGUGACGAGCUACCGGUGCGCCACGGGGAGCGCCCGCAGAACGGGGUUCUUGUGGCGGGGUGAGAUGGCGGCGCCUGGUGCCCCCGUUACCGUCACCGUCACUUACAGUAAUGAGAAACACAGUAUUCAGGUUGCUUCUCAACAAGAAGAUGGUGAACCAACACUACAAGACAUGGCUGCACUUGUUGAACAAGUUACUGGAGUUCCAGUUCCUUUUCAGAAACUGAUAUACAAAGGGAAGUCUCUAAAGGAAUUGGAACAGCCGUUGUCAGCGCUUGGAGUUAAAAAUGGUUGCAAAGUCAUGUUGAUUGGGAAAAGGAAUAGUCCAGAAGAAGAGGCUGAAUUAAAGAAGUUAAAAGAUUUGGAGAAGUCAGUGGAGCAAAUAGCUAAUAAGUUAGAGGAAGUUAAUAAAGAGUUCACAAGUAUCCAGAAGGGAUUUUUAGCAAAAGACCUCCAAGCAGAAGCGCUAAAACAGCUGGACAAGAGGAUAAAAGGAACUGCAGAGCAGUUCAUGAAGAUCCUGGAACAGAUCGAUGCCAUUCUCUUGCCCCUGUAUAUCUCCAAAAAGACUACUUGGCAGCAUCUGUUUUUAAAUGGUGACAUUAAUGUCUGUGUAUGCAUCCCCAUUCUGCAGAAGAGCUUCAUUUGGGGCAGCCACCUGUUAAGACUACAUGAAAUGGGUAUCCUUUACUCAACAUUUACCCUUCUAGUUUGUUGUGGCAAAAUUUCUCAUUAAACUUCAUGGCAACAGUAGAGGUCUGGGAAAAAAAACCCAGCAAAUCCAUACUCAUGUAUUCUGUAUUGGAUAGGAACAAGGAGGUCCUGAAGAAUAAUCUGUUCCAUUUUAUAUGGGCUGACAGUACUUAUCUUUGAGAUGCCUGAGUAUUAAGGGCUGAAUUUUUUCUUUGGAAUGUACUGGGGUAUAUCCAAGUGCUUCACAGUCAUUAAUGGAUCAUAACCUUACAUCACAUUUCUAUAUCUUCCAGCUGAGAGCUAGGUAAGAACAGAAGAUUAUGGCAACUAGAGUAUUUCCUUACUCUCUUUCUGGUCAUAUUCUGUAAACUUCAUUACAUAAUUAUGUUGAUUAUCAUUAUCAUAAUAUCCUGAUCUGAAGGAAAAACACAGCUUUUCUGUGGUAGUGAUGUCUUUGGGUCUCCACCUUUGUACAGUGACCCUUUACAGUAUUGUUUCAGAAAGGUUUCAUGCAAGUACCUAUAACUGGUGAACCAAAUGUAGUUUAAAUUAUGGACACUUUGAAAAAGUUCAUCAGCAGACUAAAAUAAGGAGUAAUCAUUCAAAUUGUCUGUCAUUGAAUGCUGUACAAUAUGCAUGUGUUCUAGGAGUGGUGGGGAGCUCAUGAACUUAUCUUUAAUGGUAAACUAGCCUUUGCUGUUUGUCAUAGCCAGGAGUUCUUAAAUACUUUAAAAAAAUGAUAAUAUGCUAAGUAUUUCAAAGUCUUUAGAAGGUUUUCCAAAUUUCUUCCUUUUCUGCCUCAUGUAGAGGAAAAUAUUUUGCUGACAGUUCUUAAAUGCUUUUAGACAUGAAGACUUUAUAUAACCACUUCCCUGUUUGAAACGGUGGAUAUACUAUGUGUUUUUAUGAAAAUAACGAAGUGACAACUGUUGCAGUUAAUUGGGUGUGAUUAAAUUUUAUUUCUGAUGCUAAGACCUAUUAAAAAAAGGUCAGUACUUUUUUGCUGGUGUACAGUUCUGAAACUCAGCAAACAGCCUUGAGAAAAUAAUUCACUGCUCGCUAAUUAAUCCAAAAUUAAUUUCCCAUUUCCUUUUGAUUCUGGUACAUUUUAUGUGGCUUAAACAUAAAGAAUGCGAUUAUCUAUCUCCUUAUCCAAAAUAUUCUAAAUGAUACUGGACAAGAGACUUUCAGUUUUAGUGCAAGAUUUUAGAAGACCUAUAAUUUACUCACUUUGUGUUUAGACUUAGGAAAUAAUGGAAUCUCUGUCACUUUGUUUUGUGUCUUGUGGAAGUGGAGCAGCCAGAGCUAAACUAAUUAGGAACUGGUAUAUUUUAAUAUUUGCUGUACUGAUUUGUUACUUUGUUGUGUAAGAGCCAAUGAAAUUGUUGAGCCUCAUUUUUUUAACACAAGAAAUAAGUGGGGAGUUGUACAGAGGUGAUGUGGGCUAUAUUAGGCUUAGCAAUGUUUAUAGUUACCUGUUUUGAUAUACAAAGGCAGAUAUGUUUUUUGGCAUGAAAACUCUGAAACCUUGAAAUAUUGCAUGUGAGAUAUGUGUAGUUGGGUGGAGUAUGCGUAAAAUGUAGCAAUUCACUGCACUGGUAUUAGUUAAAAUGAGCAGGCCACCAGCUUCCUUAGGUAUUACUGAGCUGUACUGUACGACACACAGGGCAGCAGUAGACAACCACAAAAAGAUACGUAUAUGAACAAUAAAUGGGUUACACUGAAAUAAUAAAGGUAAAUAGAAAUGCAAAUGAAAAAGCCUGAAGUAUCCAGAAGGUAUUUUAUCUGUAUCUUAGAACUGUUUCAUAAGAGGAUUUAGUAGUAUUUUUGUUAGCCAAGUAAAAUGCUGGUUCUGACAAAUCUCUUAGAUGUGCUAUUGGUUCAAUAACAGCAUGUUAAAAAAAAUAAGGUUGGCAGAAGAGUGACCAAAUGAGCCGUUUUCUGCUAAGACAGAAAAGUGGAUGCAUUGUAGAAGUGAAGCGUAUCAAAAAGCUUAACACUAUAAGGAUUCCAGUUUAUUUCUUUGGAAGAAUUGUUGUGAAAGCUCCUCUAAAGUGUCUUGACUCUCAUGCAUUGUUUAAACAUCAUCCAGCUUAAUACAAAGUGAAGUUUGUGUGGUUAUAGAGAGAUAAGGUUGAGAAAGCUUCUCUCAGGCUGUCAACCUCCUACUGUUAGUAGACAAGCUCAUUUAAUUGGAGGAGCUGAAUUUAGAACUAAAACUCCUUUUUGCUAGACUCCAUGUGUUAAAGAACUAUCAAUUUAAAAAGCAAUUUAGGAAGCAGAGAAGUAGGUUGGUAGUCUACAGUAUUGAUAUGUGAGAGAUGCCACUGCCAAAGGUAUGAAAGUCUUGAAGGGAUCCUUUUGGCUAGAGCAGCUGUACUUAACAUUUUAAUAUUAAAUGUAUUUGUUUAAAUGUGUGCUUCACAAUGGGAAGAGUGGAGGGAUCUUAUGAGCAUUUUUCAUGAGCACAUUUUGAAUGCUGUCACACAGUCAGAUGUUCCCAUAAGGCACAGAUAUUGGAAGAUUUCUUCACCAGGAAUAGAAACUGAGUCUUAUUCUAUCUACAGCUGAAGAUUUGUGUGUUAGCAUCACCAAAAAUGCCAUUUAUUUCAGCAGUUAAGACAUUUGGUUCAGGACUAAAAGUCUACACUAAUUACAAAUACUGGUGACUAGAGCACAGAAAAUCCUUCACUUGAUCAGCUGGCACAGCUUUGUAAAUAGCUGAAAGGCUUUUUCAGGAACAAACCAGAAAGCUUUUCUGAGCUCAGUAUGAAUAUUUAAAUUCACAGUCAGGAUACUACAUACUUCUUGUGAGCCUGCUCUAACUUACAUUAAGUCUGUUACCAGUAUUGCAGUCUGAGGUUAUUUUGUUCUCAUCACAAUUCCUUUUUAAAUGGUAGAUUUAUGAUCUAGUUAUUUAGUGUCUCAGAGAAGAGGUUGUUCUAAGUGAAAAAAAAAAAAAGUUUUCUUCUGAAAUACCACUGGCUGAUCUUCUUUACAUAAAUUCAUGACAAAGUCAUCUGUCAAAUUACUGUUUCAGUGUUUCUCUGGAAAAGAAAUCAUUGUGCCUGUAAUAAACAUUUCUCAGGCUUCUCGCUAGUUUUGACACUUAUAAUAAGACGAGAAUGUAUUACGAAACCUUUGAAUUUAUUUGGAUAAAUAAAUAUUUGAUGAGCAUUUCUUCCUGUAAUUCUUAAAUCUAUUAGCAUGAAUUAUAAACAAAAGAUUUGAAGAAAAAUUUUCAAAAACACAAGGAGCAUGAAAAUACAAUCAUACCUCAGUGAGAGUAGAAUGCUUAGUUCCCUUAUCUGCAUUCAGAAAACCCACUGGCAAAUGCUGACAUUGAAUAGAAGCUACUCAGAUGUCUGCUUAGAUGAGAAAUAUUAUCAACCUAAUGUGCUUAUUCAAUUUCCUAAUUUAUGUAGCUGUAAAUUAAAAAAAAAAAAAGUGAAGGGUUGCUAGUUAAUAAACACU